AUGGAGUUAAUGAGGAGUCACAAGUCUCUGGUAUCGUCAAACAUGAUCAGUCUCGAGGAAGAAAUAAAAGAUCAAGUAACUACCAACAGAAACUUGAUAUCUGCAAUGAAUUCUCUUAAACCUGAAUUAAAACGAUUGCAAGGUCAAAGAGAUCAGUUAAAAAAGUUUGUCAACUUCAAAAUUUGCAUUAAUUUUGAAUUGCACUGUGUAAAACGUUCGACCGAAGCAAAAUUUUUUGUUUCGGCUGAAACCGAAUCCGAACCUUCGGCCAUGAUCCAAAGUGGGCCGGAACCGAAAUUUUGUGAAAUGUUAAAAUAUGAACCGUACAUCAAAAUGUAG